AUGGCAGUGGAAAACUCGGGAAUGCUUUUCUACACCGAGCACCGCUACUAUGGAUUGAGUUUACCUUUUGGCCAUGAGAGUUACCAAUUGAUUAACCUUAAGCAACUGAGUCUUCAUCAAUCAUUGGCUGACUUGGCUCACUUCAUACGCCACCAAAAGUCAAAUGGCCCCGAAAUGGAGGACUCCAAAGUCAUUUUGGUUGGCGGCUCAUAUUCGGGCAGCUUGGUGGCCUGGAUGACUCAACUGUAUCCGGAUUUAAUAGCUGCCAGCUGGGCCUCCAGUGCACCAUUAUUGGCGAAAGCGGAUUUUUUUGAAUACAUGGAAGUAGUCGGCAAAUCAAUACAAUUGAGCUACGGCAACAACUGCUCUUUGCGUAUCGAAAAGGGUUUCAGAUUCUUGGCAAAGCUAUUUGAUGGCGAUGAAAUUCAGGAGCUGCUCUAUAAUCUUAAUGGCUGCGAGGAUUAUAGUCCCAAGAAUCCUUUGGAUAGGGCAGCUUUCUUCAAUGGACUGGGAAACUAUUUUGCUUUAGUGGUGCAAAGUUAUAGUGCUUAUAUACCCCGGCUUUGUGAGACUUUGAUGAGCCUAGAUUCCAGUGAUGAGCUGGCAUUCAUAGAAUUCUUAAAACUACUCUAUUCGGAAGGAAGGCGCUCCAGUGAUUGCCAGGACUUUGGCUACUCAUCCAUGCUAGAACUUUUCACCGAGGAUUCAGUUCAAAGUUCGGAAACUCGUGCCUGGUUUUAUCAAACCUGCAAUGAGUUUGGCUGGUACACAACUACAAAAUCCAAAUCAUCUGCGUCCCAAGCCUUUGCCAAUCAGGUGCCCCUGGGCUACUUCGAACAACUUUGCCAGGAUGCGUUUGGAGCGGAGCAGACUGCCCAGCAAUUGGCCCAGCGCAUUGAGCAGACGAAUAGCAAAUUCGGCGGAUUCGGGUUCAAUCAGAGCGAGCGUUAUGCUCAGGUAAUCUUCACGCAUGGCGAAUUGGAUCCGUGGAGUGCUCUGGGCCAGCAAAAGGGCGACCAGGCUAUAGUCCUGACGGGCUACUCGCACGUCGAGGAUUUGGCCAGCAUCCGGGUGACGGACAGCGUGCAGAUGAAUCUGGCCAAGCUGCGUGUUAUGUCCUUUCUGCGACGCCACAUAUGA